AUGUACUACAUUAGUGUCAGGACCCCCUCGGCGACCCUCCCACUUUGCACUUUCAUCUCUGACACCAACAUAUUGACUCGGGGCAAAGGAGGGGGUGAGCGCGUCCCAUUCAAGAGCCAAGGUGAGGCGAUUGAAGCCGCGGGGCGACCACUGACUCAUACACGCCACCCAGAAUCCUUUAAACUGGAAGUCACAGCCGGGCGAGCGUGUGAAGGGCCCGACAGCACUGCCCUCUUCCUCUCAUCUCCCUCGGAAUCAAGCCUCACCCCAUUAGAGGAGGCUGACCCCACACCCCGCUGCACAAACAGAACCAGCGGCGGGCCACAGCCACAGCGGGGUCACGACACCUUGACUUUGUUGAGGGUGCCACUCGCGCCCCCCACCCCCUGCCCCAGGCCUUUCAAGUGUCACCUGAAGCAGAGGGAGGAGAGCGAGGCCUGGGAGAUCGUAGUCAUUUGUCCAGCGUCACACGUUGUUUGCAUGGAGUCAUUAAGGCCAUUUAGAGGUUUGCCCUGA